UUUUAUAUCUGGUAGCACUGCCUUAAAACACAUUCAUUUGUAUUGAAUUCUAGAUAAUUCCGUACAAAAAAACGCCUUUUAGUGGGCUUAAGAAAUUAUAGGGGAAUCCUCAAUAAUUCCCAAUUUCCUCUACCGGUGAAGCAGCAAGAUGUCCGUCCGCCACGACUGGUACCAGUCGGAGACCAAGGUGGUCAUCACCGUGCUCCUGAAGAACGCCGUCGAGAAGAACUACGCUGUGGAGAUUACCCAGAACCGAGUCCACAUGACGGCGGAUGGCUACGAGUUGGACCUGAAGCUGCUUCAUCCCAUUGUUGUGGAGCGGUCCUCCUACAAGGCCUUCUCCACCAAAGUGGAAAUCACACUGGCCAAGGAGACGGGAAUUCGGUGGGAGAAUCUGGAGGAGGCCAUCGUGGCUGCGCCGGUGAAACCGAAGCCCAAGAACUGGGACCAGCUGGUCAGCGAGGAGGAGAAGAUCGACGAGAAGGAGGCCAAGGGCGAGGCGGCACUCACCAACCUGUUCAAGAAAAUCUACAGCUCAUCCUCGCCCGAGGUCCAAAAGGCCAUGAACAAGUCCUUCUCGGAGUCGGGAGGCACCGUGCUCAGCACCAACUGGAAUGAGGUGGGCAAAGAGAAAGUCACCGUGAAGCCUCCAAAUGGAACCGAGUUCCGCGAGUGGGAUAAGUAGGCGAAAUAGCCCUACUCCUUGUAAUUAUAGAGUCAGCGAGAGAGAUUAACAGAGAAUAAUUACUAUAAUGUGUACAUUUUGGGGAUUGUCGACUUGAAUUACCAAGUACAGAAGAGAGUCAUGAGGAAAACAGUGGCAAUAAACGCAUAAAAAGAACUUCAGAAACACGAACAUGUUUAUAUUUCCUAGAAAAGAACUAGGAUGUAAUGUAAAUUAAAAAUCACUCUUACGAGCACCUCA